CCUACUGGACAGGUGUGAUUAUUGCAAUGACAAUACCUUGCUAUGGAGUAAUGUUUAGAUUAGGGAAAAUUGUGAUAGUGCACUCCCUCCCUCAUCUAAAAGCCAAGACGUCGGAUACAUUUACAUUUCUAUAUACGUCGUGUUUUCCAUAAGGAUAUGCAGAAUGGCAUGAAAGUAUAGCCUAUUCCAAAGGGCACCACUGUCACACAGGACCUCUGCUAAUAGCGGAGUCCUUCCUAGCUCCUUGAGUGAAGAUGGCGCAGGCACUAUCAGAGGAGGAGUUCCAUCGGAUGCAGGCUCAGCUUUUAGAGCUGAGGACACAGAACUACCAACUUUCUGAUGACCUGCGGAAGAACACAACUGAGCUGAAUGCUGUUCGUCUGAAGACUGUGACCUUAGAGAAGGAUUACAUCAAAGCACAGAAGGCUCUGAAUAAAAGCAAGAAAGCUCAGGAGGUGGAUGCCUUACUCAGUGAGAACGAGAUGCUGCAAGGCAAGCUGCACAGCCAAGAGGACGACUUCAGACUUCAAAACAGCACCCUGAUGCAGGAGCUGUCCAAGUUAUGUACUCAGAUAGAGGAGCUACAACAUGAAAUCAAAGAGCUAAAGGAUGGCAAGGGGCUGCAGGCUGAAUCCUCCGGUCCCAUCUCCAUCUCUGUGGAAGGAGAGUUACUGCGCCUCCAGGCAGAGAACACUGCCCUUCAGAAAAAGAUGACGGCCCUUCAGGAGCGCCAUGAGAGUGAGAUAAAGAGCCCGAUGGGUGCGGAGGUCAGUGAAACCAAAGCCUCAGAGACCGACGGCCCGGCUGACACCAACGGUGUCCAGUUGCACUCUGACGUCAGUGAGAGCAGGGAGGACUCUGCAGCCGGAACCAAUGACAGACUGGAACAGGCAGAGGCAAAGUGUGCCAAACUGGAACAGCGAGUGACUGAGCUAAGCGGACCUGCAGUGAGGACCACCGGGCUAGUUAUGAAACAGGAUGCUCUUAGGUGGUCAGCACUGUGUCCAAAUCCAAUAAUGCAAUGCUUUGGGCCAGAGGUGGAGCUGCAGCUGCACACUGAGGUGGAGGAGAAGCGCCUACUGAAGGAGCAGCUCCAAACACUAGAGUCAUCCAAACAGGCAGACAUCACUCAACUUCAAGAAGAAAUAGCAAAGCUCUCUGAUAAAUUGAAGAAAAAACAAGACAGCUUUCUGCGUUCGCAAGGUGAAAAAGAGGCCCUUUAUAAUGACAGCAGGACCAAAAUUGAUGAGAUUCAACAGAGGAAGGAGGAGGAGUUGAAGUCAUUGAACAUCCGCAUCCAGAAGUUACAGGGAGAUCUGCUGUCAGCCAACCAGAGUGUUGGAGAGAUGAAGGAGCAGCUACAGAGCCGGCAGAAGGAGCAUGAGUUAGUUCUACACACACUCAGAGAUCAGAUAGCGUGUCAGAGUGCUGUGAGUCAGGAGCAGGUGGAGAGUAUCCUGACUGAGAACGAUGCUCUCAGGACUAACCUAGUCGCUCUGGAACAGAUUCAGACAGUGAAGACUCAGGAGAUGAACCUUUUGCGUGACCAAAACAUGGCUCUGAACGUUGAGCUGCAGCAGAGACGGACAGAGCAGGAGAGCUUCCUGGCGCAUAGAGAUGACCUUAACUCUCAGCUACAGGAGGUGAACCGUGCCAACAGCAGACUGUUGGAACAGCUGACUGAAUUGGACCAAUGGAAAGACCGACUACAGCAAGAGCUGGAGGAGGCUAAAAAGACAGCUGACAAGCGGAAGGCCAUGCUGGAUGAACUGGCCAUGGAGAUAAUCACAGAGAAGUCCCGGCACAAGGAGGAGCUGAGCGACGUGCGUCUGCAGCAUGAGAAGGAGGUGCUGGGGGUGCGGGCGCGCUACGAGAAGGAGCUGAGGGGUCUCCACGAGGACAAGAACCGCACAGAGGAGGAGAUCCGCUCACAGCUCCGAGACGAGAAGGCUCGCAAUAAGGAGCUGGAGGGUCUGCAGCAGUGUGUGGAGGAGCUGCAGGCCCAUGUCCAGUCCAUGGAGGACACGAAGGGCUGGUUUGAAUGCAGACUCAAAGAUGCUGAGGAGAGCAUGGAGAAGAGCCGUCUGGAGCACCAGGAGAGCACGGAGAAGCUGCAGAAAGACCACUCUCUCCAACUGGAGGGAAAGGCAUCUGAUAUAGAUGGUUUGAACCUGCAGUUGACAGAGGUAGAGAAGGAAAGGGAUGUGCACAUUGAAACCAUUGGAAAACUGAAGCAGGAGAUUAAAGACACGGUGGAUGGCCAGAGGAUCCUGGAGAAGAAAGGUAGUUCAGCACUGAAAGACUUGAAGAGGCAGCUACAGCUGGAGAGGAAGAGAGCUGAUAAACUCCAGGAGCGGCUCCAGGAGAUCCUCACCAACACUAAGACCAGGACAGGCCUGGAGGAGCUGGUGUUGUCAGAGAUCAGCUCUCCUAGUCCUAAGCAGCAGAGGGGAGAUAGCAGCAGUGUCUCGUCCUUCAGCUACGGGGAGAUCAUGAAGGAGGGAGCCACAUCACAGAGCAUCAACAAGUCCGCCAGCGGCAGCCCCCAGUCCCAGCGGCCUGCUGACCUGUCUGAUGAUGAGGUUGGGGAGCUGUUCCAGAGGCUGGCUGAGGUGCAGCAGGAGAAGUGGAUGUUGGAGGAGAAGGUGAAACACCUAGAGGUCAGCUGCUCCUCCAUGGCUGAUGACAUCUGUAAGAAGAGUGCUAUCAUCGAGACCUAUGUCAUGGACAGCAGGAUAGCACAUGGUACACAUGGUGUGACGGCGGUGGGCCAUCACGUGGGCCAGGUGGGGGGACAUGGUCAUGGCUUGGGCUCUGUGCUCAGGGACCUGGUGAAGCCUGGGGACGAGAACCUGCGGGAGAUGAACAAGAAGCUGCAGAACAUGCUGGAGGAACAGCUGACCAAGAACAUGCAUCUGCAGAAGGACCUUGAACUUCUGUCUCAGGAGAUUGUCCGUUUAAGUAAAGACUCAAGUCCUGGAGCUGGCUCAGCUACGGGCUAAAAGACUGGAACAAGUCCCUCUCUGCACUCUCUCAUCACCUGUUUCUGUGGCCAACAAGAGGACAUUACCUAACUGACUGACUGAACCUCUGGCUGGGAACACAGAUGAAAGGAGAGGGAUAGAGGGGGGUAGGAAGGGGUUAGUUCUCGUGAAACUGCUUUACUACUGAAUGUACUUACUGUAACAUGUCUUGGUUCUUUCUGUGGUAUUGUGACCUGACUUCUGUCUGUCUGCACUCUCUGCCUCCCCACUCUGGUGUGAUCUGAAGAAUGGCAGAAUUCAACAAUGUCAGGAUGCCAGGACACAGUGCUUUACUGGUUCACGACUUCAAGAGAUGAUUUAAUGUUGCGAAUAACAAGAGAUAUUCUGCUUACUCAUACAGAUGCUUAAGCUUUUGUUUUGCCUGUACUCGUAUUCAUUCCUUUAUACUUUCAACUCAACAACUCUUGUUUUUGUUUGUAUAAAUCCUGUAUAUAUGAAUAUGAAAAAUCAACUGUAGUAAUUUAACUGUUCUCAGAGUAAUAAGUAUUGUAUAUGAGCCAAAAUGAUUGUAAAAGAUUUAUGUCCGUCAUACAUUCUAGAUGCUGAAAUGUCAAGUUUGAGUAUCCUAAAGCCAGUAGUAAAAAAACAAAAACCUCAAUAACAUGCAUAGUAUUGAGGACUGGACCAAACCACCACUGUUUCUUGGGGAAUGGACAAAACCACUCCUAUCUCUGGGGCGCUGGACCAAACCACCCCUGUGUCCACUCACUGGAUUAGAUCUCUGUGCUCGUUUCCUUUUAAUCUGCACCAGGCACCAGUCCCGUGACUGCAGCAGAAGCACGGAGAAGGCCUUGGCAGCUCAGCAUCUGGUGUCAACAUGAAUAUGAUGUCCAACUCCAGAAACUGGCUGGAUGCCUGAUUUGUGGCCUGCUUUCAAAAUGUCACUUUGGCUACUUUCUCUAUCCCCAAUUAAGACUCCAGGUGUGGUUAGAGUUGCAGGUUUAAUUCUGGCUUAACUCCACUUUGAUAUUUUGUGAAAAUAUUAGAUUCCAAAUAAAUGAGGAAGCAGAGGAUUCUCUGUGAUGAGAAGAUGAAUUUUGAUAACUCAUCUCCCCCUGGCUGAGGUCUAACAACAGUGUGAGUUGUUUGAGUUAAACUCUUCCUUCACUCUGGCAAAGCUCAUCAGUGUGCUCUCUGAGUUCAACAUGGACAGGAAACUCAUCACCAAUAUUUAUUAUCUGGCAUCAAUACCUGGCCAUUACUGUGUGUCAGAAGAACUGGCCCCAUGCCCUGUAGGGAUGGCCAGGAUGAGGGAAGCAUGGAUCAUGUGCCUCCUAUAUUUACAUUUAAGUCAUUUAGCAGACGCUCUUAUCCAGAGCGACUUACAAAUUGGUGCAUUCACCUUAUGAUAUCCAGUGGAACAACCACUUUACAAUAGUGCAUCUAAAUCUUUUAAGGGGGGUUAGAAGGAUUACUUUAUCCUAUCCCAGGUAUUCCUUAAAGAGGUGGGGUUUCAGGUGUCUCCGGAAGGUGGUGAUUGACUCCGCUGUCCUGGCGUCGUGAGGGAGCUUGUUCCACCAUUGGGGUGCCAGAGCAGCGAACAGUUUUGACUGGGCUGAGCGGGAACUGUGCUUCCUCCUCUAUUUCACCUGUCUUUGACUCACUUAGCAAAUGUCUUAUUUUAAAUGACUUCUCAACAUGACUGAACAGCAGUAGCUGGGCAGAUCAGGUCGUAUAACACAGUGUGGUCUAACACAGAGUGCAUACCUACCUGUGUUAGCCUUUUAUACUUUGAGACGUGUUUCCCUUAUCUGAGAAUGUAUGCACUUCAGGCCUCCGUGAACACUUGUUUAGGAACGAACUGAUAGGUCAUUGGAAGCCCCCCCCCCCCCCAAGAAUGUCUUCUCUUAUGUACAAGUAAGGCUGGUCGAUAUAUCAAAUGAAUAUGAUAUAUUCAAAUAUAUUUUUUGGCGCGAUGUUUCAAAUGCCUGUAUCACAAGAAUCUAGGUUAUUUUAUUUAAAUUUUUAUGAGCGUUUGAUGUAUUUUUGGUCUCUUCUCACUCCAGACACCAAGCCCCUCCCCCUCCACUCACAACAAAGAUGCAAGAUAACUUGUUCAUCUCUUACCCUUUACAGACAGACUACGGUAUGUUGCUUGUUAAAAAAAAAAUCUGGUAAUGUUUUUUUAGAGCCAAAUUCAUACAGUCCAAUUUUUGCCACGUUCUUGCCGGGAUAAGCCUUUUAUACCUCCCGUGCACAUGCCGGCAAGAUUAGGAGUUUUUGGCAGGUCCUAAGAUACAUAAGACUAAUAAAAUAUGUUUUCAAAAGCAUACAAUGGCAUAUUUUGAGUUGAAAUUAUGUUACUGGUCUGUGCAGCCUAUAUUCUAAAUGGCUACGCCAUGCACAUGAAACCAAUAGUGAUUUUGUUCCUUAAACAGACAAGACACACUUACUAGGCUACCCUGAUCAGUCAACACACAUAUACAGUAUUUUAGAAUAGGCUAAGAAUAUCAUUAAAUAUAACAGUAUAAAAUACAAUUCAUUUUUUCCCCAAACAAUUUGCAUCACAUCGUGUGGAUCUGCUGUCAUCUAAAAAAAAAAGGUGAUAUUUUGUAAGGAGAGGCCAAGGUAAGCACAUGCUUUUAUUUUAAUCCACGUUUCAUCUCUUUCCUACCCUCACUCUGCUUUGUUAGGGAGCAAGCAUAGGGUCUUACUCUCAAUGCAUCUUCAUCGUGAUACCAAUAGAAAAUAAUACCAAUCUAUAUUUCCUUUAUUUUUUGUAUUUAAAAAAAAACUACCCCUUUUUGUCCCCAAUUUCGUGAUUCAAUUGGUAGUUACAGUCUUGUCUCAUCGCUGCAACUCCCGUACGGACUCGGGAGAGGUGAAGGUCGAGAGCCAUGGUCCUCCGAAACACAACCCAACACACUGCUUCUUGACACAACGUCUGCUUAACCCAGAAGCCAGCCACGCCAAUGUGUCGGGGGAAACACCGUACACCUGGCGACCGUGUCAGCGUGCAUGCGCCCAGCCUGCCACAGGAGUCACUAGAGGGCGAUGGGACAAGCACAUCCCUGCCGGCAAACCCUCCCCUAACCCGGACUAUGCUGGGCCAAUUGUGUGCCGCCCCAUGGGUCUCGCCGCCUGGACUCGAACCAGGAUCUCUAGUUGCUCAGUUAGCAACUGCGAUGCAGUGCCUUAGACCACUGCGCCACUCGGGAGGCAAUCUAUAUUUUCAAAAGCUUGUUAGUCUCGUGUUUUAUAUUUCACAACCUCCGCAGGCUUUUGAGGUUGCCGAUUCUCGAUCAAGCAAAAUAAUGUAUUUUCGUCAGUCAGUGAUAUUUAUUCCCACAGUAAAUGUCCUGUGUGGCUCAGUUGGUAGAGCAUGGUGCCUGUAACGGCAUGGUUGUGGGUUUGAUUCCCACGGGGGACCAGUACGGAAAAAUGUUUUUAAAAAUCUAGAGAGAUCGUGUAUGUCGCUCUGCAAAAAGUUUGCGGGAUGCUAAAGUUUGCAGAAAAACAUCUUUUGAAAGGUGUAUUUGACAACAAGCCAUCUGUGGUACUGUGUUGUGUGACAAAACUGCACAGUUUAGAGUGGCUUUUUAUUGUCUCCAGCACAAGUUGCACCGGUGUAAUAAUCAUGCUUCUUGGAUUAAUUGUCUUGGCAAAGGAGAAAUGCUCACCAACAGGGAUGUAAACAAAUUUGUGGCCAAAAUUUGAGAGAAAUAUGUUUUUGGUGCGUAUGAACAUUUUUGGGGAUCUUUUAUUUCUGCUCAUGAAACAUGGGGCCAACACUUUACAUGUUGAGUUUAUAUUUUUGUUCAGUAAAUAAAGAUUAGCUGGCUACUCACUAGCACGUGGGCUUGUGCUUGAGAGAUUGUUUAUGAGACCUGUGUUCAUUUUCUGUAAUGCCUGCUACAAGAAGUUGGUCAUUGGUGGAUGUGAUUUGUUCUGGUUAAAUAUGUGUCCAAAAAAUUCUCCCAAAACAUGUUAAUUGACAGACAUGAAAGCCAGGUCAGUGAUUAUUGCAAAAAUGCUGGUUAAACUAUUAGUGGGUUUUAUGGUUGUGGAAGGCUUAUAUUUAGCCUAGGUAUAAUUUUUAAAGCCCUGAAUUCAUUAGAUUAUUCCAGACUUUUUGAAAUGGAGUGUAUUGACAUUUAAUUGUGCAGCAACGCUUAUUUAGCAAAAAAUGUUUUUAAAAAUCUAGAGAGAUCGUGAAUCGCCCAUAAAUUAGGAAAAAAAUAGAUGAUUUUUAGGCCAUAUUGCCCAGCCCUAUAAUACAAGGCUUAUCGCAUAUCUGUCUGAAAUCAAGAAGGAUAUACAGUAAUUGUAUGUCAUUAGUUCAUUUGUCAUUUAACAUUUUAAAAUUCUGAAUUUAUUUAUACCUGUAAUCUAUUUGUAAUGCUAACAUUAAUUUUAUACAGUAAAAUACCCCUACAUAGGCAUGUUCAGAAGAUGUGUUCAGGAACAUUCUUUAAACGCCCAGUCACCCAUUGAAGACAUUUCAAUAGAUUAAAGAUUGUGUGCUUUAUUUAAAUAGUCUUGUCCACUUAUACAUUUACUUUAAGUGUUUGAACUGCCAAACUCGGCUGCAGCAAAGUCCUCAUAAAUAAUAACAGUACUCAACAGCUUGCCCAGUGGACUAUUCAUUUCUUUAAGAUUAAUGUAUUUAUCAACUGUCAAUAAAAAUGUCUAAAAUGUA